AUGAAGUACAUUACACCUCUGGCACUCUUUGCCAUCGCCCUUUUCUCCUCCACUGCUAACGCAGCACUCGACCUCUGUCCCAGAAACGACAAGUUUGUCUUCCCCGAACCCUAUCAUGACUCGGAACACGAGAUCUGCCUCGACAUCAGGGGAGAAUUCAAGGUCGAUAUGCCAGCUGGUUCCGAAAUCGUCUUCCUUGCCAAGAAAGGCGACAUCAAGAGGACCUGGAGUGUGGAUCUCUAUCUCAACGGGGGUGCGCUGAGGCUCCCAGAGAGCGAUAGACAGCCCAUUCCUAAGGGUUUCAGCGGCACAGUCCGGGUCUGUUCCUACCUUCCGAGCGAAUUCAAAUACAUCAAGCAAACCGAAAUCCAGUUCGGAGUACAGAUCCUUCGUCCUGGCAAGCAGAUUGCCAUUUGUCUUGGUGGCGAUCUUAAACUCCUGUAG